AGGGUUGUGAACGAUAAACCGAUGCGACCGGAUAUUCGGUGCAUCAGUAGCAGCCUCCUCAAUCGAUACGAAUGAUCAAUGAAUUCCUAGAUGAAUCGGUUAUAGAGUCAUGGAUCGGGUAUCGCGAGACUUUGAAUCGGUUGGCGGCAUUACACACGCGCCACGUCUCUAAAACACCGCGAGAGCUGAAGCUGCCCGCGAAACGCCGGAGCUGCCGAGCUGGUAUUAGCAUGAGUGAUAAACAAGGGACGACACGGGAAAUGGAGGAGGUGGAGAACGAAAGCGUCAGCCUGACCGAAGGUGAUAAUGCACCGGGAAAGAUUUUCAACGCAUCGGGAAACAAAAAUCCAAGGUGUGGAGCGCUUUUGGGUUUUAUAAGAAGGAAGGGAAGCUCGACAGAAGCCAUGCUGUUUGUAAACUGUGCAGAGCAUCGCUGGCGCGCACUGGCAGCACUACAAAUCCCGAGCAGCAUGCGAGGAGGAAACACGGCCAAGAGUCCGGUGAGUUCAAACCCCGCAGCAACGAGCAGGAGCGGCAGCAGCAGCAGCGCACAGCCAAGAACAGGGACACCAUUUCUAACUUAUUCACCAACUCGCUCACAAUUCAGCGCCUGCUCAGGAAAUCACGGCAUCAAUAACGCGUUUUCUCGCCGAGGGAUUCUGUCCUUACAGCAGAGCUGAGUGGGAAGGAUUUCAGGAUUUGAUUCCUCCGUUAGAGCCCAGGCCUACUUGGACGUCAUGUGCGGCGGAGUCUUAUGUGACCAUCACAGCCCACCACAUCGCUCCGGAUUGGAAAUGAAAUGUUCAUGUCUUACAGACCAGGGCAUUCAAAGGAUCCCACACUGGGAAGAAUGUAGGUGCUCUGCUGAAGCAGGCCUGUGCUGACUGGAACCUUCUUGAUAAAGAGCCAGCCCUGGUAACUGACACUGCCACAAACAUGAUUUUAGCUGGUGUCGAAGCAGAGAUGAGCCCUCACCUCAUGUGCUUUGCACACACAAUAAAUCUGGCCACACAGAAAGCCUUCAAAGUGGACCCAGUAGCAAGGUUGCUGGGGAGGGUGAGGAGAGUGGUUGGCUUUUUUCGCCGCAGUGUCAGGGCAGCAGAAAUUCUACAAGACAAACAGAAACAACUGGCCUUGCCUAUCCACAAACUCAUCCAAGACGUGUCCACCCGGUGGAACAGUACCCAGAAUAUGCUUGAACGUGUACUGGAACAACAGCCUGCCAUUUCUGCUGCACUUGUGUCCAGGGAUCUCAGAAGAGGAGAAGAGAUUAAGGGUUGUUUUACAAUCAGGGUACGCAAGCUAAAAAUCACAUUUAACACUUAUUAUCUUCAAUAUCAAAAGGCUUGACUAAAUAAACUUGGUUGUUUAUUGUAGCCCUGUGAUAGUUCUAUUUACCAUGCAAAAAAAAAAAUUGGUGAUAACUUUAUUUUUGGUGAAUGUAUGGCAAUAUAUGUCAUAUUUAGCAAAAUUACUCGUGUCAUUUAGAAAAAGUGCUUUUUUGACCACAGGUAGCUCCAAAAGGGAUGCACUUAAAUCAUUCUUUAUACCAUAAAUAUUUGGUUCCAUGUCAUUGGAAACAUAGUUAAGUUUUAAUGUUGAAUGCCAGUAAGUCUCAUCUCAUCUCAUUAUCUCUAGCCGCUUUAUCCUUCUACAGGGUCGCAGGCAAGCUGGAGCCUAUCCCAGCUGACUACGGGUGAAAGGCGGGGUACACCCUGGACAAGUCACCAGGUCAUCACAGGGCUGACACAUCGACACAGACAACCAUUCACACUCACAUUCACACCUACGGUCAAUUUAGAGUCACCAGUUAACCUAACCUGCAUGUCUUUGGACUGUGGGGGAAACCGGAGCACCCGGAGGAAACCCACGCGGACACGGGGAGAACAUGCAAACUCCACACAGAAAGGCCCUCGCCGACCAUGGGGCUUGAAUCUGGACCUUCUUGCUGUGAGGCGACAGCGCUAACCACUACACCACCGUGCCGCCCAUGCCUGUAAGUUUUCAGACUAUUUUGAUCAAAUUAGUAUGUAAUUGUGUCAAAAAAUGUCCUCUCCGAGACAGCUAAUUUUUCAAUAUAAAAUAACAUAUCUAAAAUGAUUAUUUUCAUCCUAAAAUGUGGUCAAGAUAUUGGGACAUAAAUAUUAGAGACAACUAACACAAAGCUUACAGCCUUAUAUUUAAAAGCACUAUGGAAGUAGUGGAUUCUGAAUUGUCAACAAGAAGUCCUCUCCGAGAAUCACUUCAUUUGUUUCUCCCAGCCCUGCUUAAAGCUACACUUAAUCUUGUUAUAAUACAAACUAUUACACAUGCCUAUGUUCAUAUGUGUAUUAAUUUCCAGAAGUGCAGAUUUGAUAGUUUUUUUUUUUUUUAAACCAGUUUGAAUCAGUUUGAAUUUUGGACCCCUGUGACACAAACUUUGUACCCUGAUUGUAAAACAACCCUUAACACUCUUAAGGACAAAGACUUCUGUGAUAUUGAAGACAUUGUCAAGCUGAUUGUGCCGGUUAAACUUGUGACCACCAGCAUGUGUGAAGACAAGCGGCCCACACUCUCAGUGAUUUCCCCUGUCAGAGCUAAGCUUAAAAAGAACUUUGAACCAUCAGAUGAAGACUCGGUGGUAAUCAGAGAGAUGAAACAAGCAUUCAGAAAUGACUUGGAGAAGCGCUACACCGGCCUGGAUGAUCUCUUCUACACUGCAGCAGCUCUGGACCCCCGCUUCAAAUCUCUGCCCUUCCUGACGGACCAUGAUGCUGAGCGGACGUUCACAAGCAUAACAGCAGAAGCUACAUCCCUGCAUAACAAGACAACAGGGGAUCCAGUCCAGAGAGACCCACUGCAGAGAAAUCCAUGUCAGACUGAACCUGCCCUUGGAGAUCUGGACAUCAGCAGUGAUGCACCCCAGAACCAAGAUAAGCCAGAAGAUGAUGACCCUCCUGUCAAAAAGAAGAAAAUGUCAGCGUUGGACCAGCUGUUGGGAAAAGACUUUGAAGUGAGGAUGGCAGCUACAUCUGUAAGAGACAAGGCCAGUGAAGAAGUCAAGAGGUACAGAGAGCGUGAUCUGUUGCCCCUGCAAAAAAACCCACUACAGUGGUGGAAAGAGCAGCAGGACUUGCCACUGCUGUCAUCUCUCGCUAAAAGACACCUCUGCAUCCCGGCCACCAGUGUGGCAUCUGAACGGGUGUUCAGUACUGCGGGAGACAUUGUUUCCACAAAACGUAGUCUGCUCAAACAUGAGCAUGUGGAUCAGUUGAUUUUCCUUAAAAAAAAUCUGCCCUCCAACAAAACAGAGGACAGUGAUGAUGAAAAUGCACAGGCAUCGUGUAAGUGAACUACUUUGCUGCUUUUUGACCUGGGAAAUGGCACCUCACACACAGUAGUUUGAUUUAUUUUAUACAUGUGUAUUUCAUCUCAUCUCAUUAUCUCUAGCCGCUUUAUCCUUCUACAGGGUCGCAGGCAAGCUGGAGCCUAUCCCAGCUGACUACGGGCGAAAGGCGGGGUACACCC